UAAAAUCGUGUGGCGCUUGCUGAGCAUAAAACUUGGGACCGCCACCCCCUUUCCUCCUCCUUCCAUUGGCUCCAGCUGGAGGUUGACAUCAAAGCCGAGACCUUAAAUAAGCAGGAUCUUGAUGGCAAGUCCGCAGAAGGGUUAAACGGGUCUUUGGAAAUCUGUACCCACUCCCUCUCUACCUACAGAAACCCUGAAGAAGACAGCAGGUCCCGCGUGUCAUCCCCAGCUUUGCUCAGGACUCCUCCAAAGCCCAGUCAGUUCGCGGCCCGGGAGCCCACGGGUGGCCCAGUUCUGUGGGGCGCAUGGGGCGGCGCUAAUUGGGCUGGCGGCGCAGGCCAGGAGCCUCUCCAACAUGAACCUCGUGGGUAGCUACGCACACCAUCACCACCAUCACCACCCACACCCGGCGCACCCCAUGCUCCACGAACCCUUCCUCUUUGGUCCGGCCUCCCGCUGCCACCAGGAGCGGCCUUACUUCCAGAGCUGGCUGCUGAGCCCCGCUGAUGCUGCCCCAGAUUUCUCUGCCGGCGGGCCACCACCGACCACCGCAGUAGCGGCGGCUGCCUAUGGUCCCGACGCCAGGCCGGGUCAGAGCCCAGGUCGGCUGGAGGCGCUUGGAGGCCGCCUGCCCAGGCGAAAAGGCUCAGGACCCAAGAAGGAGCGGAGGCGCACAGAGAGCAUUAACAGCGCAUUCGCGGAGCUGCGUGAGUGCAUCCCCAAUGUGCCCGCAGAUACCAAGCUCUCCAAGAUCAAGACUCUGCGCCUGGCCACCAGCUACAUCGCCUACUUGAUGGAUGUGCUGGCCAAGGAUGCACAAGCGGGUGACCCCGAGGCCUUCAAGGCUGAACUCAAAAAGGCGGAUGGCGGCCGGGAGAGCAAGCGGAAAAGGGAGCUGCCUCAGCACGAAGGCUUUCCUCCUGCCCUGGGGCCAGGCGAGAAGAGGAUUAAAGGGCGCACCGGCUGGCCUCAGCAAGUCUGGGCGCUGGAGCUAAAUCAGUGAGACCCGGCCGGCGCCGAGGACCCGGCUGCGGCUGGCCCACCUGGCCACCGGGAGAGAAGGACGUAGCGGCCAAGGCCGGCCUCCGGGAUCCCGCAGUUUGCACGCGCGCCUCGCCCAGUCUCUGCGGAGCUCCGGUGGGUCGGCGGCUGCAACUACCCACUAGGAUCGCACGUGCAAUGUCAUUUGAAUUUGUUGAUACAGUAAGAGAAAGAGAAAUUUAUAUAUAUGUUCACUUCCCGCCAAGGGCGGCUCUUGGAGGCUCGACACAAGAAAGGAGGAACUGCAGAAACCCAAGCGCCCAAAGAGACGCACCCUUCCAACCCGUCUGGGUGGAACUCAACCCCAAAGGCCGCGCUGGCGCCUCUCUCUGGCUCGCUCACUGGUCUCCUUCUGGGCUCUGCGUCAGUAACCCGGACGCCUUCUUCUCGAGUUAAAAUGCAAUAAGAGUAAUCGGUAGUUUCCUGCCAGGAAGAGGGACGCUGCCUGGGUCGUUCUCUUCGGAACAGUGCUUUUCCUUUUUGUCGCCGCACUUCCUAUCUAGAGGGAAGGCACUGCUUCCCUCCGUAGCACCUCUGCUUUCCAAGGGAAAUGUUUUUCUUCCUUUUCCUUCCCUCCCUUUCCUUUUCUUUCCCCUUCCUUUCUCCAUCCUCGUCCCCUUACCCCUUCUUUCCUUUCCUUCUUUCUCCUUCCUUCCUUCCCUUCCAAGUAAAAGCUUUCCCUUCGUUACCGAAUUUUUGACAUAUUUAAACUACCUAUCGUACCUGUUGCUCUCAGGUAUAUAUCUCCCUAACCCCACCCUCUUUCUACCUCAAAUCCGUGUGACCACUCGCAGCCCCAUCCUUCGCCAAAGCAAUAUCUAUGCUCUUGACUUAAUAAAAAGUUUUUCGAGAA